UUUUUCUUAGGCACUAGCCGCCAACCAUAAAAAAAAUUCCUAAAAGCCAACUUCUUCGAGCCUUUGCCCUCUUAUUAGCAGCUAGAUCCGUGACCUACCUUCCUAAAAUUUUUCGAAACUAUUAGCCACCAUCUCCUUCCCCAUAUCCUCUAAGCACCUGCUAGAGAAAAACCAUCUGCUCCCUUAUUGUCAUCAGGAAAACAAAUCGUGAUACUUAUUUUUUAUUUUUGGAAAUUGAGUGCUUUAUUGUCAGCUACUUUGUAUUAGACAAAUAUAAACUUGAAAUUUUCGAAAAGAGUUCAUGGUUACAGAAGAUUCGAAAUUGCUGAAACUUCAAAGGCUUAAACAGAAGCUGAAGCUUGUCAUUCUUAUUGUAGCAUCUUAAGCAAAUUAGAUCGUAUCUGGUGCGGAGAUGGAUGGCGAAUUGGUGACAAUUCCAGAAGUCCUUUUAGUUAGUUCUAGAGGCAGAAAAAUGCCACUAUUGGGGAUGGGUACAGCAACUUCUCCAUUAGAGGGAUCUCAAGAAACAAAAACAGCCGUUCUUCAGGCAAUUGAGAUUGGUUACAGACACUUCGAUACAGCUAAAUUAUACUUGACAGAGGAGCCACUUGGAGAAGCCAUUGCUGAAGCAUUGUCUCGUGGUUUUAUCAAAUCAAGAGACGAGCUUUUCAUCACUUCAAAGCUAUGGUGUAGUGAUGCUCACGCUGACCUUGUUCUCCCCGCCCUUAAGAGGAGUGUACGGGAUAUUCAGCUGGAGUACCUUGAUCUCUAUCUAAUUCAUUGGCCUGUGAGCUCGAGAUCAGGAACCUGUGAGUUCCCGAUAAACAAAGAAGACUUUUUACCUAUGGAUUUUAAAUCCGUUUGGGAAGCUAUGCAAGAAUGCCAAGAUCUGGGUCUGACGAAAUCCAUUGGUGUCAGCAAUUUCUCUUGUAAAAAGCUUUCAGACAUCCUUGCCUUUGCAAAGAUCCCUCCGGCAGUUAAUCAAGUAGAGAUCAACCCAUUAUGGCAACAAAAGAAGCUAAGGGAAUUCUGCAAGGCCAAUGGAAUCCUUUUAACAGCUUAUGCUCCUUUGGGAGCCAAAGGAACCCUUUGGGGAAGCAACAGGGUUAUGGAGAAUGAAGUUCUGAAAGAGAUUGCAACUGCUAAAGGAAAGAUUGUGGCUCAGGUGUGCCUUAGGUGGGCAUAUGAGCAAGGGGUGUGCGUGGUGGUGAAGAGUUUCAACAAUGGCAGGAUGAAGGAGAACCUUGAGAUAUUCAACUGGACAUUGAGUGAGGAAGAAUCUAGGAUGAUCAGUGAGAUACCCCAAAGCAGAGGAUGUCGUGGAGAAGAUUACAUCUCAGAAAAGGGACCUAUCAUGACAAUUGAGGAGCUUUGGGACGGAGAAAUUUGAUUUACCAGUUCUUAGAUCAUUUGCUACAUACAAAAUCUAAUGUGUGCAUGUUCCUUGCUGCGCACACUUCCAUUUCAGCCUCUUAUCAUCAUCGACUAUCGUAUUCAGAAUUUUUCUGUUCAGUUCGUUCACUCUC